AUGCAACUCCAGGCCUCUCCCCGCCCAGCAUCUCCCCUCACCUCAGGCGCCGAGUCCGGCCCUGACUCAAAGUCCGGUGCCACCGCAGCCACCGGCAACUCCGUCGGCCGUCCCUCUUCUCCCUCGACCCCCGGCGGUCCUCGUGCUGCCAUGCGCCGCCGUGCCACUGCCGACCACAAGGAGACCCUGCGCAACGCCCGCCCCAGCUCCACCCGCUCUGCCGGCGCCGGUGGCUCGUCCGGCACCAUGCUCAAGCUGUACACCGACGAGAGCCCCGGUCUGCGCGUUGACCCCGUUGUUGUCCUGGUCCUGAGUCUGGGAUUCAUUUUCUCGGUUGUUGGUCUGCAUGUCAUCGCCAAGAUCACCCGCAAGUUCUCUGCUUAA